AUGGUUUAUGUUAGAGAACUCAAAAAUUUUUACCAAUAAGAUCUAAUUGACCUUUUUUAGCAAUCAAAUUGUUUGUUAAAAGAUAAAUAAUUUCUUUAAAAGUUUUCAUUAAAUAUAACUCUAAUUUUGAUAUGCUUAGCUCAUGUUUCUAAUUAGCUUUAGAUAAGAGAGAUGUAUAGAUUUUAUUAAAGAAUUCGAUUAAUAGUUUGAAAUUGAUGUUGAAGAUUUUAUCAUAUAUCAAAUAAUUAAGAAUUGGUUGCCUUAAGUUAAGUAAUGAAUUCAAAGAAUUUAGAUUAUAUAAGUGUAACAAUAGAAUAAAAAAGAAGAGAAGCAUCAGAUUAUUGAUUAACAAAAAAAGAAUUAAAAUAAUAUAUGUUAGAAGAAUGGUUUUUUUAACCAAGUGAAGUACCUUUAUUAAUAUCUAAUCAUGCUACUGUUAUUAUUUAACGUAAUAUUAAAAAUUUUUAAUAUUAUUAUAGAUCUAAAUCAUCCAGAUCCUCCUUCAUUUAGAAAGUUGAAUGUUAAUUUAUCAUAAGAAAGACUAUGUAUAAUCUAAUUUAGAGCUUUCAGAACUAUGCAAGUCAUAACUGAUAAUAGAAAUAACUUUUUGUUAACAAGAGUUAACAAGGAAUUUUAUUAGAGAGCAUAUUCAAUGCUUUAUAAAUGUCUAAAAUAAGAUUUAGUAGCUAUUACUAUUUGUCCAGAAAUUAUUAUAUAAUAUUCAUCCUUCCCUUUAUAUCAACAACUUGAAAUGUCAACAUUCUUUCUGAUUUUUUAUAAUAUUCCUUAUAGAUUAAUGUUAUUUUUAGGUAUACCAGAAAUUUCAUAAUUUUUUGCAUAACUAAUGAAUAUCCUAAAAACUCCUUUGAUUAAUUAAUUUGGAAGUAUUUUGAUAUUUCCAAAUUUUUUCUGA